GUGUUGGAUUAUCAUGGCUGUAAAAUAAGUGACCCAUACUGCUGGCUUGAAGAUCCCGACAGUGAACAGACAAAGGCAUUUGUGGAGGCUCAGAACAAGCUUACAGUACCCUUUCUCGAGCAGUGUCCUGUCAGAGGACUGUUCAAAGAACGAAUGACUGAACUCUACGAUUAUCCUAAGUACAGUUGCCACUUCAAAAAAGGAAAAAGGUAUUUCCACUUCUACAAUACAGGACUGCAGAACCAGCGAGUUUUAUAUGUACAAGAUUCCUUGGAUGCUGAUGCCAAAGUUUUUCUUGAUCCAAAUAAGCUUUCUGAUGAUGGCACUGUGGCUUUACGAGGUUAUGCAUUCAGUGAAGACGGUGAAUACUUUGCAUAUGGUCUGAGUUCUAGUGGCUCUGAUUGGGUUACUAUCAAGUUUAUGAAAGUAGAAGGUCCUGAGGAUCUUCCUGACACGUUGGAGAGAGUUAAAUUCAGUUGCAUGGCAUGGACUCAUGAUGGAAAAGGCAUGUUUUAUAACUGCUAUCCAAAACAAGAUGGCAAAAGCGAUGGCACUGAGACCUCCACUAAUCUGCACCAAAAGCUGCAUUAUCACGUAUUAGGAACUAACCAGUCAGAAGAUAUCCUAUGUGCUGAAUUUCCUGAUGAGCCAAAAUGGAUGGGUGGAGCUGAG